AUGAGAAACGCACCCGUAACAUCAACUCCGAAACGUGACAAUGUUUGGUCAUUGUAUAGAACAGCUAGUGAUAGAUACCAUGAUCUAGAGCCCAUCGUAACAUUAGACCCUACAGGAGCUCUACUAGAUCAUAAUACUAAAAACAAUAAUAGCUUGCCUAGCACUGACGUUGGAACUCUGAAUUAUUUAUUAAAAUAUCAACAAGCACAACGAGAUAAUAAUAUUUUGCUGAUCUCUUUGAGAGACAGAGAGCGAGAGAUUCAAAAGCUCAAAUCUAUAAUCAAAUCAUUACAAUCUGAAUCUGAAUCCACAGAUUCCCGACAAGAUAAAAGUACGUCAUUGAGUAGCGGCCUUCCCGUAGUUAGAGUAACUCCUCAAAAAAGAGUCAAAAACAAUACAUCAGCUUCAUCACCUCGUAGAAGCUCAAGACGUAGUCUUUUUGAGCCAUCAACUUCUCAAGUUAAUGUAACUGAGCCGUUAUCAUAUUCUCGCCAAAUAUUGAGAAAUGCUGGGAUUGAAAGCGAUGUCCUUCUGAGUAGUUCGAACAAUAGCACGCCUAGACACUUGUCUUUGUCACAGAACUUGGAAAGCAUAACACCUAUUAGAGCGACCCAUAACACUACUAGAGCGUCCCCACCGGAGGUUCACAAUCGCCAUCGUCCUGUCCCACCCAAUAAUGCUAAUCGCUUUUCUCCUAACGACACGUUCGUUGUUGAGAAGCUAGGUCAUAUUCCUGGAAAUCCUCCUCCGACGGCUCGAGAUGAACCUAAUAGACCACCGAGUUAUUACCUGACGGUCAAUCGACCGGCGUUCAUUAGAAGGAGUGAGCUCAGACAAAGCAUCAUUAAAGAAGCUUCUCGACGUCGGGAACAGAUAGAAAAGAAGAGAAAGGAAGCUGUAAGGGCUUUGGCAAUGGGAGUAGUCUCUUUGGAUGAUGUAUCAGAUAAGAUUUUUGUUGAUUCUACCAAAAUUCAAGCUUUUCCAAAAACGGACAUGAAGGCAAUUACUCAAAGGAGAAUGUCCAAUACUCGAGAAUACAAAGAUCGCGUCAUAGAAAGAGAGAAGAAGAUCGAACAAGCAGCUAAUCGAAUUCUGAAAACGUGCUUCAGCUGGAAGACACGCAACAGGUUAUCUAACUAA